ACUUCCGUUACAUAUUCUGACGGGUUGCUUAAAAUGACGUGACACAGGCGCCGAGUUUAAAAUCCUCAAGCUUCUGUGAGAAAGCUGAGAGCAGCAACAGGAACAAUGAGGAAAAGUGCAGUCGCCAACCGACAGUCCGGGCUCCCCGUACACAUGCGGGUCCAAGAUGGCAGCCGAGCGGGACUGACCACCCCUCAAACCAAAGAGAGGCCUGGGCUGGGUAAGCUGAGUCUGGGUAAGCUGAGUAUGGCCAAGCCGAUCUCUGGGACCUCGGAGAGGAAGACCAGCUUCUUUGGAAAGAGGGCCAGCGGAAGCAGGAACAGCCAGUAUGGGGCUUUCGGAGGCUCAGAGAAGAUAAAGGACCCCAGACCCCUCCAUGACAAAGCCUUCAUCCAGCAGUGCAUCCGGCAGCUGUGCGAGUUUCUGAAUGACAACGGCUACUCCCAGACCGUCACCGUGAAAUCACUACAGUGUCCGACAACCAAGGAUUUUCUGAAGAUCUUCGCUUUCAUGUACAGCUUCAUCUGCCCCAACUAUGAACUCCCGGGCACCAAGUUUGAGGAGGAGAUCCCCUGCCUAUUCAAAGACCUGGGGUACCCCUUUCCUCUGUCAAAAAGCUCCAUGUACACAGUGGGAGCCCCACACACUUGGCCGCAGAUUGUGGCGGCUCUAGUCUGGCUAAUAGACUGCAUUAAGGUGCUGUGGGUAAUAAAGCAACAGGAUCAUGUGGUCGGGGAGACGCCGUUUGGUGAAGAGAGUGAUAAUGGGAUUGAGUUCAAUCAGGUGUUCCUGGACUACACUGUGAAGUGCUAUGAUCAGUUCAUGGAUGGUAGUGACACACACGAGGAACCGGACGCGGAGUUGUGCGCCAAACUCAAGUCGCUGUAUGCUGUGGACGAGAGUCGCCUGGAGUUCCUGCAGACGAAGGCUCAGAGCUUGGUGGAAGAAAUCGAGAAGCUGGAGAGAGGAAAGGAGCGAGAGCCGGACCAAAUGGCCUCCAUGAGGAAACUGAAGGCCUCUCUGCAGACCGACAUCCAGAAAUAUAAGAAUUACUUGACCGAGGUGGCGUCUCAUUCUGUGUUGAUGGACCAGCGUGUCAGCAGUGUCACCGACGAGCUGGAGGCCACAGAGCUGGAGUCUGAAGCGAUGAGGCAGGAAAACCUGAGACUAAAGGACAUCCUGGACCACCAGAAAUACUCUGUAGCCGACAUCGAGAGGAUCAAAUACGAGGAGAACGAGGUGAAGGAGACUUGCGCCAAACUGAGCAAAGAGCUGGAUGAUGCUAAGCAGAUUCUAUGGGGCGAAGAGCUCAAAUACGCCAAGCUCAAGGAAUCGGUGGACACAGAGAUAGCGGAGCUUCACAAGUUGGGUAGAAAAUUACGCAUUAUUCCUGCCAGCGCAGAAAACGCAAACGGUUACGACCUCCAGAUCGAUUGUAACCUAGACAGCGAGGAGAGUCUCCACCACUGCCGAAACCAGAUGAAUAUCCUCUUGAUGGAGAUGCUUACGCAGUCAGAAGAUCAGAUAACGAAGGCUGUUACUAACAAGAUGGAGAUUCAGGAAGUGAAGGAGCAGCUGAGAUCCCUAAACUCUGAUAAGAGGAAUGAUGUGAAGAAACUCAAGGAUGAGGCCCAGAGGCUGGAUGAGCUCUUACUGCAGAUGAAUCAGGAUGCAGAAGAACAGGAGAAGAAAUGGACAUCUGAGCUCCAGUCUUUACAGAAACAUUGCCAGUUGCUGGAGUCUGGAGUGAGCAAAGGACUGGAGGAGACUAUGAAGGACCUGGAGAGGUCCAAGCAGGAGUUGCAGCUUGUUGAGCACCAGGCUGACGAGGAGAACAGACAAGUGGUUAAGAAGCUGGACCGGGUGGUGACCGCUGUGGCCUCUCAUGUGGCAGUAAUAGAGAAACAUGUGCAGGAGAUGAGCCUAAAGACCAAGCGGGAGUACGAGGCGUUCAUGAUGCAUGACCCACUGGCCGAUCUGCGAGAAAUCCUGGCCAAAUACAAACAGAAGGCAGAGCUUUUGGACGAACCGCCCAGCCAAUGAAACGCCCCUUUGGUUUGCACCCCUGCGUGCCGCCCUGGACUGUAAUAGAGAAGCCACCCAAGGAAUGAAAUUCUGUAUUGUAUUCACAUUUCUAUGUUCUGUUGCUUGUUUACAUUUUUGUUUGUUUGAGGUGUUUUUGUCACUUCAGUAAAUAGCAAAUCCUUCCUCAAACCCUCUUAUCUGAAGAGUCCUGCAGCUCGUUGGGUACCCAGAACACAUGGGGUGGGUGUCUGAAUGAGACAGACGGUGGUACUAAACUGCUGUGGCCCGGUUCAGGUUUAAAAGUUAUACCAGAGCGCACAGGGACUCCUUCAUUCCACGGAGCCGCUCCACGUGGAGAUUUUAUAUGAGAGCCCCCAGGAUGGUGUGAGUCCUACUACCAGAACCUAGGUAUUCAAUACUUUGCCCUGGAGGGAGUUCA